UUUCCGUUUCACUCCGGAUUCUUGCUGCUGCUUCGUGGUCUUCGUGCUUCUGUUAAACAUGGCUUAUUUUAAAAUCCUUCUGGUUUUGUUUCUAAUUUCUGAGUUAACAGCUCUUCAGCAGGAUGUUCAGGCAAAACCUGGAGCAUGCGUCACUCUCCAGUGUGAGAUUUCCACAGAUGAAAUAAUCUCAGUGCUGAAGUGGAGCAGAGCUGACCUGAACACAGACGGCUACGUCUACUUCUACAGGAACAAACGAUUCUAUGAAAACUACCAACAUCCAUCUUUUCAUGGCCGAGUGAAGCUGAGGGACCCAGAGAUGAAGGAUGGAGACGUUUCUCUGAUUCUGAAGAACGUCGCGUUUAAUGACACUGGGAUGUAUGAGUGUCACAUAGCUGUGAGGAACCCUGUGAGAAGUAAAAGAGCUCACACUGAGAUCAGUCACUUCAUCAACCUCACAGUCACAGGUGAAACACAUGAAAGCGUGUUGGAGAAAACAGUCAUGGAAAAAGGAGGUGCAGAUGGAAACACGGAUGAUGCUGAAAGGGUCGGAUCUCCAUCUCUUCAGGUUGUUGUUCCUGUUGCUGUUUUUGUUGCUCUUGUUGCCGUUGCUUUUGGGGUACACCGAAAAACUCAUCAACAUAAGAAGCAACAUCCAGUCAAGCUUCCUACUGAAGACUCUGCUGAAGUGUAAUGAAGCUGCUACAGAAACAUAUAAGCUUUCUUUAUGAAAACUAAAGUACUGAAAAGCACGUUGUUACAGCAUUAACACAUUUUAUUACAUUUAUUGAUAUACAGCUUUUAACAAAUUUAUUAAACCACAUUCAUUAACCAAGAAAAACCACCCAGCAUCACAAACAGCUGAAUUCACCUUCAGAAUAUUCACAUCUAAUCCUAAAGUAUGUGCGUAAAUGCAUUCACACACACACACACUGCAGGCCACCAUCUCCAGUCUACUUCAGUUUUAGUCUUUUUCUGGUCUGAGUAAUUUUACACUUAACGUCAGUAUUAUUAUUUUUCUUAUUCUUCCAUAUUGUUUGUGUUUCUUUAAAUUGAAGUUACAAAACUUUGAGGAAAAACACAGAUGCCUUUCUUUUGACGGAAAUAUUGAUAUUUUUUAUAGUGAUCAGGUCAUGUACUGUGCUAUGGUUUUAUUUUAUUCCAGGUUGUUUAAAUUUAGCUGCUGUAGCACUGAGAUAUCUCAAAGCUUGAGGACAAAGGCAUGAAAAACUGCACAUGUUGUGUGAAGUAACUGAUGAAACUAAUUGUGAAUGUAUCUGAUCUUGUUCAAUGAAUGACUUCCUAAUGUGAACAUUAGGAAGUCAUUCAUGGGAACAUUCCUAAUGUGCUGAUGGCAGCGUCACUAUACAGAAGUGCAAACCAGGAAGUUAAAUGCUUCUCUGCAUCAACACAAACUAAAUGCCUGAAUGAUAAAGAUAUGUGCAGGUCUACUAGUGCAUAUUUUAUGAGAAAUACUGUUAAAAUGUGAGGUAAUUUUAUUAAAAUAUCUGUGUUUUGUGAGAAGGUCCCAUAGAAACUGUAUAUUUUAGAUAUGAUCAUUGUCCAACAUCUUCGCAAUGAAAUGAAAACAGUUGUUAUAUGAUGCAACCUGAUACUACUAUUAAUAGUAGUAUCAGUAAUAGUAAUAUUUAGAGGGAUUGUUGAAGCUCACUGUGAACUAAACUAAACAUGAAUUAAACAAUGCAAACAAAUGUGUACUGAAUGAUCCCACCCUGGGAAAUAAAUAGGAAUAAAUAAAUGUGUAUCAUUGAUGAAAGUCAAAACUUUAAUAUUUUUGUUUAUUGCUGCUCAAAAUUGUUGGUUCAGUUAUAAGAGCUGUUGAAUUUUCCGGUAACUGUUGUUUUCGUAUCAACUCUGAGUUAUUGUUUGAAAAUAUUAUUGUUGGAACCAUCACGAUGAAGCAAAGUCAUUCACACUGAUGCUGUUUGCAAGAUCAGGUGGAAGCUGCUCUGUGACAAUGAAUGUAUUUCUACUUGAUUUGAAAGAUCUGUGAAUGCACUGCUGGCUUUGUUUGUCUUUAAAUAUACAGUACUCAUAAAACAGGGCAAACAAAGGAAAAUUAAAAAAAAGAAAAGAAAUAAAUGUUAUGUACUUUGCGUUCUGUACAAUAUGCCAGUUUACUAUUUAAUAUGUUAUUAAUAAAUCUGUGUGUAACAG